AUGAAUGAGAAUGAGAUGGCGAUUAAUCUAUUCAGGAAGCAAAUCGGAGACAAGCAAAGUCAAAUUAGUUUUUAUGAGAGACACAUCGUGGAAUUGCAAAACAAGAAGGAUGAAAUAAUGAAUUCUAGUGGUGGUGCCGGAGGUGACAAUAUUUCUGGUUCUAUAAAGGAUCUUCAAGACAGACUAAGUUCAAAAGAUGAAGAAAUUAUAAAGUAUCAAACGCUAUUGAAAGUCGACAGAGACAAGCAUAGUUUAGCAGCUGCAAGUUUGCAAGAAGAGCUACAAAAGCUGAAAGCCUGCCUUCUGGAGGAAAAGCAUAAGAAUGAAAGUCAGAAAGAGACAUUUGCAAAACAGCAACCCAAUAGAGCUGCUUUGGAACAGUAUAUUUCACAGGUGCAUGCACUGGAAAAGCACACCUCAGAGUUGCAUACCAAGAUAUCAAGCUUGGAAGCCCAACUUCAAUCCAGCAGAGAAGAGAACGUGAGGUGGAUGUCUUUGGCCAAUGACAGACUCAAAGCCAUGGAGGAACUGCGAAACAGGUGA